GUGCGACUUGGUAUCCAGGGGGGGCAAGAUGACUUCUACAUGCCAGAGGUCAUAUCCCCAUCUCCUCAGAGAGUGAUGCCAGAAGUGCCUGAGAAUAUGCAGGACAAUAUUGCUGAGAUGGAAUAUCGCGCGAAUGACCCCCGCCGGCAACAACCGUACCAACGCGCCCAGAGCUAUCCCGAGCGCACUUCCUCCGCUGCUCAGGGUCCCCCGCCCCAACACGAUCAAGUGCAUGAUCCCAGCUCCUAUGCCCAAUCUGCGACCUAUGAUAGCAUGGAUCACCCCAACUUUUCACCUUUCCCGGUCUUGCGGAACCCUCCACCCAAUGUCCCGCCUACCGAUGAACAGAGAGAAGCGAACCUAGAGCGCGCACGGAUGGCUGUCCUGUCGACCACAGACCCGGAGAUGCAACUCGCAUGGGCCUUGGAUGCUCUCGCCUUUGUCGAGGUCGCCGCACAGAACGAUCUCCGCCUCCGUUUGACUCAACCCCCCACGCCCGCAGACCCCACAGCUGAGCAGCGCCAUCCUAAAGCGGAGUUCAUCAAGGGCAUGUGGCUCGAGUUUGGCAAAUUUGGCUGCCCCGUGGAUCGCAAGGAGGCAUUCCGAUCAUACUCCCGAGCCGCUGAGAAGGGAUAUGCGCGUGCCGAAUACCGGAUCGGAAUGCAGUUCGAGAGCUCGGGUGAACCUGAGAAGGCAAUCAAACAUUAUCAGCGGGGUGUUGCGCGGGCGGAUUCUGCCUCUUACUAUCGCUUGGGAAUGAUGAUUCUUUUGGGUCAGCAUGGACAGCACCAGGAUUUCAACACUGGGUUAGAAUACAUUCGGCUGGCGGCGCAGUCCUGCGACCAGAACGCACCUCAAGGUGCAUAUGUAUACGGCAUGCUCUUGGCUCGAGAGCUCCCUCAAGUGAGCGUCCCGGAAAGCUUCCUGCCCCUUGACCUGAACUUAGCACGUGUCAAUAUCGAAAAGGCGGCAUAUCAUGGGUUUGCCAAGGCUCAGGUCAAGAUGGGUGCUGCAUAUGAACUCUGCCAACUGAACUGCGAUUUCAACCCCGCGCUAUCUCUGCAUUAUAAUGCACUGGCAGCCCGCCAGGGUGAGCCCGAAGCCGAGAUGGCCAUCAGUAAAUGGUUCCUGUGUGGACAUGAGGGUAUCUUUGAGAAGAACGACGAGCUAGCAUUUACAUACGCUCAGCGCGCGGCCCAGAGCGGCCUUCCGACAGCUGAAUUCGCCCUGGGUUACUUCUAUGAGGUUGGUAUAUAUGUGCCGGUGGAUAUCAAGGAAGCUCGCUCUUGGUACGCUAAGGCCGCUGCCAGUGGCAACAAGGAUGCAUCUGGUCGAAUUGAAAGCAUUUCGCGCUCAAAGACUUUGUCUAGAAAGGACCACGAAAAGAUCGCAAUCUCACGCAUCAAGUCGACGCGGUAUACUGCUCAUCAGCGAGGCAAUUCACUGGAAAUGACCCCAGAGAAUAUCCAAAUGCCAGAUCCGUCGAGAAUGACCUUGUCUGAUGGCCCACCAUCUGCAGCUCCUUACCCCGAUCGCCCUCACUCUACUCGUCCACGGCCUCAACAGGGUUAUCAGCUGUCAGACGCUCGCCCAAGCUCUGCUUUCGGUGUCAAUCCCAACCUUCGAUCCAAUGCACCCUCGGGAUAUGGCGGUCCACCUUCCCAGGGCCCCGGAAAUCGAACUCCGUCCUAUGGGCCUGGCGGAUCCAUGAACUACCGCCAGUCUGGCCCUGGAACUCCUCUCAGUGCCCCUGCUGGGCCUGUAAGCCCCCAGGCUAAUAACAUGAUCAGCCCUGGCGGAGCUCCUCGUCUCGAUAUUGGCUAUUCUGCACCAAUGCCGCCUCCAGGUGGGCGACGCCCACCUCCUCGACUUGACUCGGCCCCAGAACGCAAGCCUCUGAGACCCCCCGUCUCAGGCCACCCCGGUUCGCCCUCAUUUCCUCCGCGUAUGGAGUCCCGGCAACCAUCUCACGGUUCAGGUCCCUCUACACCUCAGCCGGCGCCCUCCGUCGCAUCGUCGAGCUCAUCCACGCCGCAGCCCAAGCCAGCCAAGCCGCCAAGCAAGGGACCCAAGACCUUUGAAGAGAUGGGUGUUCCCAGUGCGAAUAAAGAUAGUGAUUGCGUAUGUAAACCCUACUUUUUGGCCAUUGAACUCGAAUCAAAGCUAACUUUUGCAGAUUGUGAUGUGAUACCCCGGGAUCUGUUCCCUUUUUAUCCAAGCAUUUCUGGCUCGCAAGCCGCAAAGGUUCUCCGUGAUUUGCACGAGAAGAAGGAGAUCGAAGGAAGAGUUUCUGGUAAACAAACAGUCUACCAUGCUCUACAAAAUCCGUCAGACAUCACAACCCCGGAGGUAGCCGCGGCUAUCAAGCUUGACAUCGAAAGCCUCGAGAGUGAGAUUUUAACCCUGAAGGCAAACGAAAAGAAGGCCCGAGCAGCGUUAGCAGCCCUGCAUGCAAAGCCUCGGAUAUCCGAUCUCCGGCAGGCUAUCGGCCGCCUUGAGUCCGAGGAAUCGACGAUCCAGGCUCGGGUGGCAAGUCGCCACGAGGAAGACCUCAUUCAUAUAUCUCCCGAAGAAAGAGAAAAACUUGAAAAAGAAUGGAAGUAUUGGCAACGGCAUGCCAAUGUGCGUCGUCGGAUCUGUCGUGAUCUUUGGGGACAAUGCUCCGAGGUACUUCCGGAGGACAUGACUGCGGCGGAGCUGUGGGUGAGUUUUGAGAAUGAUGAAAUGACAUAG